GGCCCGGCAGGCGCCGCGCUCCCUCCGACCGCUGAGUGGCGGCGGCGCCAUCACGUGUGGGCGGCCGGGCCGGGCCGAGCCGGGCUGGGCUGGGUAGGGCCGUGCAGUGCCGCGCCGUGCCGUACCGUGCCGGGACAGGGCAGCCCCGGGCGCAGCGGUGCGACAUGUCCCACCAGACCGGCAUCCAAGCUAGUGGAAAUGUCAAAGACGUCUUUGUUGGAGCCAGAAAUGGAAAAUACAGGCUUUUAAAAAUAGUCAUUGACAAUGAGCAACUUGUUCUGGGAUCCUCUAGACGGCCACUUGGAUCAUGGGAAAAGGAUUACGACUCCUUUGUUCUUCCCCUUCUGGAAGACAAGCAACCAUGCUAUAUAUUAUACAGAUUAGAUUCUCAGAAUGCUCAAGGAUAUGAAUGGAUCUUCAUUGCAUGGUCACCUGAUCACUCUCCUGUUCGUCAAAAAAUGUUGUAUGCAGCAACCCGGGCAACACUUAAGAAAGAAUUUGGAGGUGGUCAUAUUAAGGAUGAAGUAUUUGGAACAGUAGAGGAUGAUGUUUCGCUGAAUGGAUAUAAAAAAUAUUUGAUAUCACAGGCCGCCCCUGCACCUCUGACUGCAGCAGAAGAGGAACUCCGACAAAUUAAGAUUAAUGAGGUACAAACAGAUGUUGGCGUAGAUACCAAGCAUCAAACACUGCAAGGAGUAGCAUUCCCCAUUGCUAAAGAAGCUAUUCACGCUUUGGAGAAAUUGAAAAUUAAGCAACUCAAUUAUGUGCAACUGCAAAUUGAUAUGAAAAAUGAAACUAUUGUUUUGGCUAACACACUUCAUACUGAACUGAAGGACUUGCCAAAAAGAAUUCCAAAGGACGCUGCACGUUACCACUUUUUCCUCUAUAAGCAUGCCCAUGAAGGAGACUAUUUGGAAUCCAUAGUUUUCAUCUACUCCAUGCCAGGAUACACCUGUAGUAUACGAGAACGAAUGCUAUACUCUAGUUGUAAAAGUCCACUCUUAGAAAUUGUAGAAAGACAGUUGUGGAUGCCAAUAAUUAGAAAGAUUGAAAUUGAUAAUGGUGAUGAGUUAACUGCUGACUUUCUUUAUGAAGAGGUUCAUCCAAAACAACAUGCACACAAACAAAGUUUUGCUAAACCAAAAGGUCCUGCAGGGAAGAGGGGAAUACGAAGACUGAUCAGAGGUCCAGCAGAGACUGAAACAUCUAGUGAUUAGAAACUGUCGUUUGCAUUAAUUAUAGGGUAUUACAGUUAAAAAAAAAAAUCUGACUUUUGCUAAUGAACUGAAAUCAUUCCAUCCAUAGAUGCUAGGGGGGGAAAAAAAAGCUCUUUUUUACUCUCCCCUCUUCUGACCUCAGUGCUUCCCAUGUUGUUACAUGAUUAUAUUUGUUGACCAUAUUUUAUGACAUGUGGAAGAGUUGGUUAUUUUAAAGGUAGAGGAAUUAAAAUAAGCUCGUAUCCUUUUAUUUUAAAUUAGAAUCCAUUAUUUAAUAGCAAUACAUGUGAUCAUAAGCUUCACAGACAAGUCUAUUAAGCCCAUAUUUUCUGUGGGUAAGUAGCAGCUGUAUGCCUAGAUAGCAAACCUGUGUCCAUAUGAGUAGCCUGUUGAAACCCGUAAGACUUCACUUCUGUGAAGAGCUGAAACACUAUCUAACACUGUCCCAGAUAAAUCAUUGUUCUUUCUGGUAGCUCUCAUGGACGUUAAUUUAGCAGAAGAUUUUCUUAUGUUUUUGACGGGAUGGAUUGUUGGUGGUUUUGUUUUUGUUUUUUAGUCGAAAAGAUUAAUUAAAAUCCAUUAUCUAUCAGUUAAUGAUAAGUACUUGCUCAGGAAUAGUGGAUUUUUUCUUUCCUGUGCAAAAGCAUGGUCAUUUCAAACUUAUGACCAAUUUAGUGGAAUUGUCUCUCAAAGUAAUGUGACGUAAAACCACUACAGCUUUUCCAGACUUCUAUACCACUCAUAAGACAUAUAUUAAGUACUGAAUGACCAAGUUAAAUGUGAUUAAAAGUGCAUCAGUCAGUAUGCUCACUAGACUACAGAGCUGCUUUCAAAGUGAUAUGCUUAAAGUUUCUAAUAAGUGAUUGAUAAUCUAUCUAUGCACUUAAAUCUAAAACUGUGCAAGUUCAUUAAAAGUGGAAAUAGAUUUGCUUUGUUUCAUAAUGAUGAUUUAUUCUUGAGAGCCUAGUGCUCUUCCAUUAUCAACUGCAACUUUAAAGGUAUUCUGAAAAUUACUUUUCCUAAAUGUUUGAACUUUAACAGUAAGUUAAAUCUUAAACAAAAUCCAACUGAGUCUUGAAAAACUGCUGGCAGCACCUGAGUAGGAUUUUGUGGGGUGGGUUUGUUUUUUUCUGCUUCCCUUCUAAAUUCUAAAAUUAGCCAGAAGAGUCUUAAACUUGAUUGAACCAUGACUUACCUAUUUAAUAGGAAGAGGAAAAAUAGAUGAUUUUAACAAGGAGAUUAAAGAAUAAAUAGAUGUGGAAAUCAAGUACUGGAUGAACUUCAAUAUUUAAAAUUGUGUAAUGAGACAAAUUCUAAAGUAAAGGAUAGAUUAUAUUCCCCAGCGGGGACUUGCUCUUUAUUAUCUUGUAUGUGAGCUUUGUGCUUUUGAUUUUUUUAUUAUUUUAAGAGCUUCAUGGGAGCUUCAAGUCUUGGUUCACCGCGUAUUAUCUUAGGUGCUGGUUGUAUACAUUGUAUAGCUGAAUCAUGUGUUUACCUGGUGGAGGAUAGCUCAGUUUAACGUAGUUCUGUAGGGAAAUAAGGCUUAGACACUACUAGUUCCUGAUAAAAUUUGUUUUAUCUUAUGUAUUAUGUCAUUUGGAGAUACUAGCUUGUUAUCGAGAUUGCACUAUGUAAUGUGAAGGUUGCAAUAGUUGCUGGUUUUACUGUGUUGUUUCUAUGCAGUAGAAAUUUGACACCUCAGCUUUUUUUCAUUUAAUCGUAUACACUACAUCAAUCCAAUUCAAUAGCUCCUGAUCCUCAGAUAAUCUCCUGCUUGCCCUUAGCUGCUGUGUUCUUUCUUCUGCCUCUUGCCUUCACCUUCUAGGGCAAUGAGCUGGUCCUCAGGAUGUUUCUUGUGUGUACUACUGGUGAGACAAGUGUCAUUGCUUUUAAACAUGCUUAGUGUGUAUGCAGCAUUACACUAUAACUAGUGUUUUGUUUUUUUUAUUUGAAGUCUGAAUCAUUUCAACACCUUUUUUUUUUUUUUAAGGUAAACAUUUGACUUGUAGCAGUUAAAAAUUACUGCAAGAUGGCUUUUUGUUUGAAUUUAAUAUUCCUGCCCAUGUGUCAACCAUGCCAAGAGUGCACAUACAUUUUUUUUUUACACUCAUUUGAGUCAGUAAAGAAGUUCAGCUUUUUAAUAUGAACUGUUCUAAAUAAUGAACAGUUUGACCAGUUGUGGUUAUAUAUGCAUGUUUUGUUUUUGUUGUUGCUGUUGUUUUUGCUUUUGUUGGUUGUUUUUUUUCUCUCUCCUAAUCCUGCCCUGGGUAGAUGAGGAUAGAAAGUAGAAAGCUUAAUCUGGAGGAUGGCCAGAGCUGGUUAAGUGAUUAUGUGAGGGAGCUUACAACGAGCUGCUGUGGAGUUCAGCCCAAACCAGACAUUUAAGUUAUUUUACUUUAAAAUAUCUCAUGUGGGUGUACAAACACUCGACCAGCCAGCAGAGUAAUGUCCUGAGCAUAUUUCCCUCUCACUUUUUCCCUGAAAGAGAAAGCCUGCUCCAACAGACAAUUCUCUUUAAAUUACACCAAGUCUUGCACUGCCAACUGCCUCUUCAGGCCUCUUGUAGCUAUUCUCCUGACACAGCAAUAAGAAACUUUUCUGAUCUUUUUGUAAGAUCUAUCGUGUUUACAUCUGUGUAGUUGCCUCCCAUAACACUACUACUGUUAAGACACGUUCAGAGCCAGCACACUACGAGGGCAUUAAAAAAAGUUAUUUCUUAAACUGUCUCUGGUAAUUUAAUAAUUGAAAGUGUCCAUUUAAAACUAUUGUUGGCCUUCAGAAAGCCCAAAAGCAAUGCAGCUGCUUGCAUUUAAAUCACAAGCUAUUUAAUUGUUGUAAAUUAACAUGACAUAUAAUUAUUUUUGAAGUGUCUGUGUUGCAAAGUAGGGACAAUUUGGUCUUAUAAACCUCCUGUGAGGGGGUUGUGAAACUAGCCAAGGUAAUAAUUGGUUUGAUAGUUGAAUAAACACAUCAAUAAAGGAAACUUUUGAUUUAUGCUGUCUAUGUAUUCAAUGAAAACCACCUUCAGAUGCUAAAAUUAACUUUAUCUAUUUUGUAAUCUACUUUAUAAAUAAAGAUUGAUGCUUUA